CAUUUGUUUAAAACUGAAACGAGUUGUUUAUCUGUCAUUUCCUAGAUGUAGAUAACUAUUUAAACAAAAGGCUUAUCGCAAAUGACAUCACUGGAGAAAUAUUAACCAAUAGGAAGAAAUAUAACGAAGGUUUUUUGCUGGCAUUUUACAGUUCAGGUUUAUCAGGGGAACCUAUACAGUAUGUGGAUGAUAUAUAAAAAAUACAUGAAAAUGAAAGGGUUUGUAUUGAUUCUUGCAUUAUUGAACUGUGCUGCUACUGUGACUCAAGCCUGUGGAUUCCCUCCAACUUUGGAGAAUGGUUACAUUACUGAAGGUGAGAAAAACGAGUACUCAAAAGGAGAUGUGGUAACCUACACUUGUCAUAGUGGAUAUAUUUCAGGAAGACGUGUCAAAAGCACGUGCAACGGUGACAAAUGGGAGACUCUUCGAGCAACAUGUAGAAAAAAGCCGUGUGGUAGUCCUGGUGACACACCAAAUGGAAGGUUCCAUCUGGAGGGGGAGGACUUUGUGUAUACAGCCAAAGUUAUAUACACUUGCAAUGAAGGAUACCAGAUGGCAAGUCUAAUGGAUUACAGAAUUUGUCUUGCAGACGGAUGGAGUAAUGAUAUUCCUCACUGUGAAGUACUGACUUGUAUACCAGAGAAAACAGACAACAAUAUAGACAUCAUCAGUGGAAUGUUUCAGCCUGGGGAGCCAAUUCCUUAUGCAAAUGCACUGCGCUUUGAGUGCAAAUCUGAGCAUCUCGUGCUUAGAGGUGAACCCGAAGUAUAUUGUACAGCAAAUGGGACAUGGAGCAAACCAUUUCCUAAAUGUAAAGAAAUAACAUGUGAGCCUCCAAGUAUCAUACAUGGCUCAGUCCACCAACAGUUCAAGAAGCAAACUUAUGAAAAUAAAGACGUGAUUACAUUUCACUGUGAUAUCAAAUAUAGGCCUGCAGGAAGAUCACAGUCAACAUGCACCAAAUGGGGUUGGAGUCCAGAGCCAAGAUGUGAAGAAAUAACAUGUGUAAUACCCCAUAACAUACUAUAUGGAGGCAUCGAUUCUUACAAACUCGAAUUCAAAAUGAAUGAAACAGUGACAUUACGCUGCAAUAACGGAUAUGAAACUGUAAAUAAGAAAGACCAUGAAGAAGCGACAUGCACUGGAACAGGAGAGUGGUCGGUUCCUAUUCUCUGCAAAGAAACAACAUGUGUAAUACCCCAUAACAUACAAUAUGGAGGCAUCGAUUCUUACAAACGCGAAUUCAAAAUUAAUGAAGCAGUGACCUUACGCUGCAAUAACGGAUAUCAAACUGAAAAUAAGAAAGACCGUGAAAGAGCGACAUGCACUGAAACAGGAAAGUGGUCGAUUACUCUUGAGUGCAAAGAAAUAACAUGUGUAAUACCCUAUAACAUACAAUAUGGAGGCAUCGAUUCUUACAAACGCGAAUUCAAAAUUAAUGAAGCAGUGACCUUACGCUGCAAUAACGGAUAUCAAACUGAAAAUAAGAAAGACCGUGAAAGAGCGACAUGCACUGGAACAGGAGAGUGGUCGGUUCCUAUUCUCUGCAAAGAAAUAACAUGUGUAAUACCCCAUAACAUACAAUAUGGAGGCAUCGAUUCUUACAAACGCGAAUUCAAAAUUAAUGAAGCAGUGACCUUACGCUGCAAUAACGGAUAUCAAACUGAAAAUAAGAAAGACCGUGAAAGAGCGACAUGCACUGAAACAGGAGAGUGGUCGGUUCCUAUUCUCUGCAAAGCAAUAACAUGUGUAAUACCCCAUAACAUACUAAAUGGAGGCAUCGAUUCUUACAAACGUCCAUACAAAAUUAAUGAAACAGUGACAUUACGCUGCAAUAACGGAUAUCAAACUGAAAAUAAAAAAGACCGUGAAAGAGCGACAUGCACUGAAACAGGAGAGUGGUCGGUUCCUAUUCUCUGCAAAGAAAUAACAUGUGUAAUACCCUAUAACAUACUAUAUGGAGACAUCGAUUCUUACAAACGCGAAUACAAAAUUAAUGAAGCAGUGACAUUACGCUGCAAUAACGGAUAUGAAACUGUAAAUAAGAAAGACCGUGAAAAAGCAACAUGCACUGAAACAGGAGAGUGGUCGGUUCCUAUUCUCUGCAAAGAAACAACAUGUGUAAUACCCCAUAACAUACAAUAUGGAGGCAUCGAUUCUUACAAACGUGAAUACAAAAUUAAUGAAGCAGUGACCUUACGCUGCAAUAACGGAUAUCAAACUGAAAAUAAGAAAGACCGUGAAAGAGCGACAUGCACUGAAACAGGAAAGUGGUCGAUUAUUCUUGAGUGCAAAGAAAUAACAUGUAUGCCUCCAAAUUUCAUACAUGGCUCAGUCCACCAACAAUCCAAGAAGCCAAUUUAUGAAAAUAAAGAAGUGAUUACAUUUCACUGUGAUGACAAAUAUAGGCCUGCAGAAAGAUCACAGUCAACAUGCACCAAAUGGGGUUGGAGUCCAGAGCCAAGAUGUGAAGAAAUAACAUGUUUAGUACCCCAUAACAUACUAUAUGGAGGCAUCAAUUCUUACAAACGUGAAUACAAAAUUAAUGAAACAGUGACCUUACGCUGCAAUACCGGAUAUGAAACUGUAAAUAAGAAAGACCAUGAAGAAGCGACAUGCACUGAAACAGGAGAGUGGUCGGUUCCUAUUCUCUGCAAAGAAAUAACAUGUGUAAUACCCUAUAACAUACAAUAUGGAGGCAUCGAUUCUUACAAACGUGAAUACAAAAUUAAUGAAGCAGUGACCUUACGCUGCAAUAACGGAUAUGAAACUGAAAAUAAGAAAGACCGUGAAAGAGCGACAUGCACUGAAACAGGAAAGUGGUCGAUUACUCUUGACUGCAAAGAAAUAACAUGUGUAAUACCCUAUAACAUACAAUAUGGAGGCAUCGAUUCUUACAAACGUGAAUACAAAAUUAAUGAAGCAGUGACCUUACGCUGCAAUAACGGAUAUCAAACUGAAAAUAAGAAAGACCGUGAAAGAGCGACAUGCACUGAAACAGGAAAGUGGUCGAUUACUCUUGAGUGCAAAGCAAUAACAUGUGUAAUACACCAUAACAUACUAAAUGGAGGCAUCGAUUCUUACAAACGCGAAUUCAAAAUGAAUGAAGCAGUGACCUUACGCUGCAAUAACGGAUAUCAAACUGAAAAUAAGAAAGACCUUGAAAGAGCGACAUGCACUGAAACAGGAGAGUGGUCAAUUACUCUUGACUGCAAAGCAAUAACAUGUGUAAUACACCAUAACAUACUAAAUGGAGGCAUCGAUUCUUACAAACUCGAAUUCAAAAUGAAUGAAGCAGUGACCUUACGCUGCAAUAACGGAUAUCAAACUGAAAAUAAGAAAGACCUUGAAAGAGCGACAUGCACUGAAACAGGAAAGUGGUCGAUUACUCUUGAGUGCAAAGCAAUAACAUGUGUAAUACACCAUAACAUACUAAAUGGAGGCAUCGAUUCUUACAAACGCGAAUUCAAAAUGAAUGAAGCAGUGACCUUACGCUGCAAUAACGGAUAUCAAACUGAAAAUAAGAAAGACCUUGAAAGAGCGACAUGCACUGAAACAGGAGAGUGGUCAAUUACUCUUGACUGCAAAGCAAUAACAUGUGUAAUACACCAUAACAUACUAAAUGGAGGCAUCGAUUCUUACAAACUCGAAUUCAAAAUGAAUGAAGCAGUGACCUUACGCUGCAAUAACGGAUAUCAAACUGAAAAUAAGAAAGACCUUGAAAGAGCGACAUGCACUGAAACAGGAAAGUGGUCGAUUACUCUUGAGUGCAAAGCAAUAACAUGUGUAAUACACCAUAACAUACUAAAUGGAGGCAUCGAUUCUUACAAACGCGAAUUCAAAAUGAAUGAAGCAGUGACCUUACGCUGCAAUAACGGAUAUCAAACUGAAAAUAAGAAAGACCUUGAAAGAGCGACAUGCACUGAAACAGGAGAGUGGUCAAUUACUCUUGACUGCAAAGCAAUAACAUGUGUAAUACACCAUAACAUACUAAAUGGAGGCAUCGAUUCUUACAAACUCGAAUUCAAAAUGAAUGAAGCAGUGACCUUACGCUGCAAUAACGGAUAUCAAACUGAAAAUAAGAAAGACCUUGAAAGAGCGACAUGCACUGAAACAGGAAAGUGGUCGAUUACUCUUGAGUGCAAAGCAAUAACAUGUGUAAUACCCCAUAACAUACAAUAUGGAGGCAUCGAUUCUUACAAACGUGAAUACAAAAUUAAUGAAGCAGUGACCUUACACUGCAAUAACGGAUAUCAAACUGAAAAUAAGAAAGACCGUGAAAGAGCGACAUGCACUGAAACAGGAGAGUGGUCGGUUCCUAUUCUCUGCAAAGAUAAAGGCUCUUGUCUCCCUCCACCAAAUAUUGAGAAUGCAAGUAAAAAAACUAAAGAAAAGGAAGUGUACAACAACAAUGACAUUGUGGAAUAUGGUUGUCAUGCUGCAUAUAAACCUGAAAAUGGAAGCUCUGCAAUAUGUGUUAAUGGAACAUGGGAGUUACCAAAGUGCAUUUUAAAUAAAACGGCUUGUGGUACUCCACCAUACGUACAAUAUGCUGUGAUAACUAAUGAAGAAGAAAAAUACUAUGAAAAGGAUACCGUUACAUACAUAUGUACAAACAACACACGUCUUGAAGGGUCCAAAGAAAUUACCUGUCAAAAUGGAAGCUGGGCUCAACCUCCAAAAUGCUUAAAAGUGGCUAUUUUUAGACGCUGUGAACCUCUAAAAAUAGAUAAUGGGUAUAGGAUACCAGAAAAGAGCACAUAUGAUCCGAAUGAAUCUGUGGAACUUGGGUGCUUUCCUCCGUUUGAAUUAAAAGGACAACGUAAAAUAACCUGUGAAAAUGGACACUGGACUGAAACACCACAAUGUCAACGUAAUGAUGGGACAUGUGAACCUCCGCCUACUGUUGAAGAUGGGAUAAUUAUUAAAAGAAAUGAAAGGAGUAAAUCAGUUACCUAUGAAUGUCAAAGGUACUAUGUACUGGAAGGAGACUCGACUAUCAGGUGUCACUCUGGAAAGUGGUCAGACGCGCCCACAUGCAUAGCAAUAACAUGUGUAAUACACCAUAACAUACUAAAUGGAGGCAUCGAUUCUUACAAACGCGAAUUCAAAAUGAAUGAAGCAGUGACCUUACACUGCAAUAACGGAUAUCAAACUGAAAAUAAGAAAGACCGUGAAAGAGCGACAUGCACUGAAACAGGAGAGUGGUCGAUUACUCUUGAGUGCAAAGAAGAAAAAUGCCAAGCACCUAUUAUAAGUGAUGGAUAUUUUUAUCCAAAUGAAGAAUAUUAUAAAAUAGGAACAUUGCUUUAUUAUGCCUGUGGACCUGAGCAUAAACCUCUAAUAGGUGGUACUUGGUGGAAAGUGAUACAAUGUGUUAAUGGCAGUUGGUCGGGUGAUGCCAAAUGCAUUGAUAAAGGCUCUUGUCUCCCUCCACCAAAUAUUGAGAAUGCAAGUAAAAAAACUAAAGAAAAGGAAGUGUACAACAACAAUGACAUUGUGGAAUAUGGUUGUCAUGCUGCAUAUAAACCUGAAAAUGGAAGCUCUGCAAUAUGUGUUAAUGGAACAUGGAAGUUACCAAAGUGCAUUUUAAAUGAAACGCCUUGUGGUACUCCACCAUACGUACAAUAUGCUGUGAUAACUAAUGAAGAAGAAAAAUACUAUGAAAAGGAUACCGUUACAUACAUAUGUACAAACAACACACGUCUUGAAGGGUCCGAAAAAAUUACCUGUCAAAAUGGAAGUUGGGCUCAACCUCCAAAAUGCUUAAAAGUGGCUAUUUUUAGACGCUGUGAACCUCUAAAAAUACAUCAUGGUUAUAGUCUACCAGAAAAGAGCACAUAUGAUCCGAAUGAAACUGUGGAACUUGGGUGCUAUCCUCCGUAUGAAUUAAAAGGACAACGUAAAAUAACCUGUGAAAAUGGACACUGGACUGAAACACCACAAUGUCAACGUAAUGAUGGGGCAUGUGGACCUCCGCCUACUGUUGAAGAUGGGGUAAUUAUUGAAGGAAAUGAAGGUAGUAAAUUAGUUACCUAUGAAUGUCAAAGGUACUAUGUACUGGAAGGAGACUCGACUGUCAGGUGUCAAUCUGGAAAGUGGUCAGACGCGCCCACAUGCAUAGGACCUUGCAUUAUAAACAAAGAACAAUUAAAAGAAAAGAAGCUUCAGGACCCACAAACAAUAUAUCUGGAACAUGGGAAGAGUCACACAUUUGUUUGUAUAUCCAGAUAUCGUGUGAAAGAUACAUGGUAUAAAACACAGGUGGUCACGUGUGAAAAUGGUCAACUAGAUGUCCCAGAAUGCGUAUAAACUGAGGGAGUCAAACUUGGAUCUUUCAACAAGUAAUAUUCACUGGAAUGAGAAGAGGAGGGGAAGACAUUUCAUUUAGAUUUAGAUUGUCUUUUGCAUUUCGUUUUUUCUGUAGUUUUCUUUUACAGCUACAAUAUAAUAAAUACACCCGGAAUUAUUCCUAUUUUGCGUAUAUGUCCAUCUACUAUUGGUUGACACGAUUAAAUAUCAUCUUAAAUUU